AUGGCAUCCGCCGAUGUUGCCUUUGCUGAGAACGGCCAGAUUAUGCAAAUUCCGAAUGCAACUCUUACUCAUUCAGGACGGUACAGCUGCGUUGCCAAAAAUGCAGCUGGCACGGCCGAGGAGCAACUAAUGCUCACAGUUCUCGCACCACCACGCAUUGCAAAAAUAUCUUCCCCUGCACCCGUGGUACUGGGUCGACCAGCUCGUCUUGAGUGCCGCGUGGAGCACGGAAAUCCCCGAUCGACUGUCGAGUGGACGAAAGAUGGUGAGCUACUGGAUGAGCGCCAGCCGCUACUGCAAAUUGCCGAUGAUGGAGAGGUCGUGCAUGUUGUACGUGCAACGGAGGACACAGAAGGUGCAUACACCUGUCGCGCCACGAACACUGCCGGAUCGGACGAGCACACGCUCUUCCUCAGCGUGCUAGUGCCACCACGCCUGGUGGCUGACAAGAAGCAGCGCGUCUGGCAUUUGUCCCAGGGAAGCGACGUUCAGAUGGAGUGCUUUGUGUUCGGCCGUCCAACGCCUCGCAUCGUGUGGCACAAGGACAAGCAGGAGGUGAAGGAGCGACCGGGGCGUGUGAGCCUCCUGCAGGAUGGCCAAACGCUGUACGUGACACGGGUCUCAAGGCAUGAGGCAGGCCACUACGCGUGCACAGCUGAGAACGUCGCUGGAAACGUUACUGCAGAAUUUGAAGUGCAUGUUCACAGUCCCCCCGAGAUUGAAGGAGACUCGGCCGAGUCUGAAUCUGUGAGCGCCCAACUGGGAGCAUCGUUGGAGUUGCCAUGUGUGGCCACGGGAGAUCCCGAACCUAUGGUCGCUUGGGUCCGUGAGGGCAUUGCGUCGCAGCAGCUCUUUUCGACGGCGCCAUCUCCAGGUGUUCCAACAGCCGCUGAUCCUUUGGUCAGGGUCCGCGGUCAGGGAUCGCGUGCCACGCUCGAAUUGAAAAAGUUGCGAGCCUCGGACGCUGGAAAUUACACAUGCGUCGCCACCAGCUCGGCGGGAGUAGCGCAAAAACGUUUCCUUGUGGACGUUUCUGGUUAG